AGCACCUGUCGCUAAGGAGUGCAUAGGUCCCAGUUACUCGUCAUGAAGGUAUUCAGAUUAGAUUAGACAGUCAUACGGACAACAUGGUGACAGUUCCCUUCUCCCUCGUUCUCCUGGCCCUGGCAACCACAGGAUGCCUGGCGGCCGACAACACCCUACGCUUCAUCGUGAUCGGCGACAACGGUGGUGCGGACACCUACCCCUACACCACACCCCUCGAGCUGGGCACGGCCGACCGCAUGGCCAUGUGGGCGAAGAAGAUGGGCGGAAUCCACUUCGUGAUGGAACUGGGCGACAACUUCUACGACUACGGUAUUAAAGACGUGGAUGACGCACGAUUUCAGAACACCUUCGAGGACGUGUACACCGCCCCAUCUCUGCAGGUUCCGUGGUACAUCGUGGCCGGCAACCACGACCAUCGCGGCAACGUCUCUGCUGAGAUUAUGUACUCCAAGAAAUCCAACAAAUGGCGGUUCCCCGACUUCUACUACCCCCUGAGCUUCAACAUCCCCAACAGUAACGCCUCCAUCGACUUUGUCAUGAUUGACACUGUGGUGCUCUGUGGACAAGCCGACGAUGUCAUACUGCAUCCGGAAGGACCCGAGGACGUCAAGGCCGCUGCUUCCCAGUGGGUCUGGAUUGACCAACAGCUGCGUUCCAGCAAGGCCACCUAUCUGUUCACUGCUGGCCACUACCCGGUGUUGUCUGUCGCCGAGCACGGCCCUACUCUGGCCCUGGUGGCCAUGCUGCAGCCCCUACUGUACAAGCACCGAGCCAGCGGCCACAUGUGUGGACAUGACCACAACCUCCAGCACCUGCAGGAGACGAAGGACGACGUGACCUUGGACUUCAUCCUGUCUGGGUGUGCUGACAAGAUGGACACUAGCGAGGCUCAUAAGGACAGCGUCCCGGAGGGAAGUUCAAAGUUCCACUGGGCCGACCCAACCAGCAAGGGUGGGUUUGUGUAUGUCGAGGCCUCAGCAGAAAAGAUGGUGUCCACCUUCAUCAGUGCCGAGGGUGACAUCCUGUACAACACCACUACCUAUCCAAGGGAGCUGAACUAAAUAGCUGAUGAAUUUGUAAAUAUCUGGCGUUGGGAUUAAACACAUUAAAGCAA